AUUCUGAUUCAUUCCAGUUUGGCUGCCUACUUUACUGGUGAGAGAAAUUAUUCGCAACACUGAUGCCACUGAUUUACCAAGGUCACUGCAGAAGAAACGAUGGAGCAACUGAAACCAGAGAGAGGCUGGGAGAGAGCAGUGUGGACCGGUAGCAGAAGCCUCAAGAAAGGGGGACCAGUCCUGGCCCAGCAUCCAGACCCAGCACCUCCACCUGCCCGAGCUCAGCUGAACUCUCAGUCUGGAGGAACCAGACUGAGCUUCAACAUGGAGAUGUUCUUCACUACAUUGGCAGUCCUGUUGCUAGCAGUCUCAGUGAGCUCUCAGGAAAUGCCUUACGAACACAUGCUGUCCCAGCUGCAGGCAUGUCCCAAAGAGUGCCGCUGUCCUCCAAACUUUCCCAACGCCGUCUACUGUGACAACCGGAGUCUGAAACGCAUCCCCGAGAUCCCUCCUUUCACCUGGUACUUGUACCUGCAGAACAACCUCAUUGAGGUGCUUUCCACUGAUGCCCUCCGUAACGCCACGCAACUGAAGUGGAUCAACCUCAACCGCAACAAGAUCUCAAACGAGGGUGUCGAGGAGGACGCCCUCAAAGCCAUGACCAGUCUGGUGCACCUCUACAUGGAUGACAACCUGCUGACUUCUGUACCCUCUCCUCUCCCACCAAAGCUGGAACAGCUGCGCCUCUCCAGGAACAAGAUCUCAAAGAUCCCAGCUGGUGUCUUCUCUGGGAUGAACCGUCUCACCCUGCUGGACCUUCAGGGGAACAAACUACAGGAUGAUGCAGUGACUGAAGUCAGCCUUAAAGGCCUGAGUAAUCUGGUUCAGAUCAACCUGGCAAAGAACCAGCUGAACAACAUGCCUCCUGGUCUGCCCCCGACCACCGCACAGCUCUACCUGGAUGGCAACAACAUUGAGAAGAUCCCUGAUGAAUAUUUCAAAGGGCUCCCCAAAAUUGCUUUCCUAAGGCUUAAUCGCAACAAGCUAGCCAAUGGAGGGUUCCAAAGGAAUGUGUUCAACAUCUCCAGCAUGCUGGACCUGCAGCUUUCCUACAACCAGAUUACAGAGGUUCCAUUUAUUCCUUCCAGCCUUGAGCAUCUUCACCUGGACCACAACAACAUCAAGAGCGUGAAUGGCUCCGAAGUGUGCCCAGUGUCUAGCGCCAUGCUCGACGACUACUUUGAAGAGAGAGGUCCUCGACUCCGCUACCUCCGUCUUGAUGGCAACGAAAUCAAGCCCCCCAUCUCCAGAGAGCUGAUGGUCUGCUUCCGUCUUCUCAGGGCUGUAGUCAUAUAAAUCUAGAGCUUCACUACGAUUUAAUUGUCCCAAAGCAACCAGAAAUGCGAAUACAUAACACAACACAAAAGGUCCAGAGCAAUUUACUUCAAAUAUUCUGAAGAAAUAAAAUAGUGAACACAUAAUAGUGAACGAUUUCCAGUAAAAGCCAACUUGUGAUGCCGAGGAUCAGAUUCUCUCGAUAUUGUUUGCACUUGUACACAGUAGAAAGACAAGCCGAGGUUGUUCAGAGAUGCAUUUUGUAGACAGUUUCCAAUGUGACUUCACUGUAAAACCGCUGUGCCUUCUUUUAUUCCUCUUAGAUCAAAGUUGAGUACAAGAGAAACUGCAUUGUCUAUGUAGUUACUGCACUCUUAAAAAUAAAGGCACCAAAAAGGGCUCUUUGUGUGAUGCACUUUUGGUUCCGUAUAAACUUUUCAAUGGAUAGAGAACUCUUUUACUAAAUGAGAGAAAAGUUUAAAGAACCUCUACAUACUGUAACUAAAGGUUCUAGUACCUUAAACUGGUACAGGUUCUUUAAACCUUUAACAUUCUCUUCAUACUUGCAAGUCUUUUUUUAUUUUUAAAAUAUGGCUCCAUGAGGAAAUCAAAGGUGGUUCUUCUAUGCACAUUUAAAAAGAUGGUUCUUCAAGGGUUCUUUAGUAAAGACAAUAUAGAACCAAGAAAACUUAAAGAAUAGUUUGUAUGCGUAAAGUGUUCUGUACAUGGAGAAAUGGUUCUUCAGAUUGAUGGAGAAUGUGUUGUAUAUGGUUCCUUACAGAUUUUUUUUAAAAGGUUCUGUAUAGCACCAAAAAGGGUUGUGCUAUUAUGACGAUGUCAAGCUGACAACAUUACAAGAACUCUUUUUGGUACUAUAUAGAACCAUAUAUAACACAUAUUGUCCAUCAAUCUGAAGACUAAUUUUUUGCUAAAGAACUUUCUUGAGUCUUUACUAAAGAACCCUUGAAGAACCAUCUUUUUUAAGAGUGUGGAUUUGCUCGAAGAACCCUUUUUGGCUCCUUUUUUUAAGAAUGUGAAUAUUCUGAAGACAGUGAUUCUCAUAUUCACUUAAAGCUGAACUAUGUAAGUUUUGGAAGCAUCAGAUUCAUCCCCUUGGGGAAGGGGUCCAAAGCGCAACCCAUGUUACCAAAUGUUCUUCUGCACGCUGUGUGCAGUUACACUUCUUCACCAGAGAGGUCUCCAAAUCCCUAAAACUUACAUAGUGUAGCUUUUUUUACCAGCAUUAUUUAUUUUCCAUUUAUUGGUAAAGGCAGGUGAUCAGAUUGCAAUCAAAUCAUCUCAGCACACUUUGCUGUAUCCCCUUCUAUUAUAUAGUAAGUUAAAUUACAUAACGCUACUGUGUUGGACAGUGAUUCUUUUGUUAUGGAGCCAAGAAUAUGCUGAAAAUCAUGUACAUUUUUAUGUAGUAGGUGUUAUAAGUAUGAUUGCCGUACAUUGUAGUUAAAGCUGGACGACUUACUGUCACAACACUGCUGUGGCAUCAUGAGUAGUUUGCGAAUAGACAAAGAAAAACAAGCAUUCAGUUUUCUAGGCUGAUCUAGUCUUUCAUUUAAUCAGUGGUGGAAUUGGUCAGAGCCCUGCUGCCCGUUUUUUAAUGAGUAUGCAAGCGAGGUGGCGGAGAUAUUGAUGAAAAGUGAGUUGGGUCCAAUUCCACAAGUUCAUAUAACAUGCAUUGUUGCACGUUUUGGUAGCCAAACCACGACUUUUAAUGGCUUUCUUUUUUAAACUUGUGAAGUUAUUUUUACAGUGUGCUGUAUUCUUGCAUUCAGGAGAAUUUAUUUUUAUUUCAUUCCCUUUGUAUGUCACAUCUCGCAGUUCAUGUUAGUGACCAUUUUUCAUGAUGUAUUCUAUUGAUGUCAGGAGAAGUCUACGCUGCAUAGCAUUUUAUGCUAAGAAAAUGUUUAAGAAAUACAUGAAAAAGAAGCCACAGUUUAUGAGUUUAUGAAUGCUGUGGACCACAGAGACAAGAGGUUACAGAAUUAUAAAAGGUGCUUCCCAAAAACGUUGCUGUGUUUUCAAAUUAGUAAUGUGCUCAUAACUGUAAUUAUAACAUUUCAUUAAUAAAUACCUGUGUGAAUGUUCACUUACUGCACAAAUGGAAUAACAGUCCUCAAUUUUUUGUUGUUUUUACACUGCAUAUCUACUAGUGAAAAAGCAAUGUGACAAAAUCCUAAUGUAUCUUUUAUUUUAUGAACUAUUCAGAGUGUAUUACAUAGUAAUAAGUACUAAAAUUGGAUUUUGGAUGUUCUUCAGACUUGAUUAAAUG